AAUCCGACAUGAGAAAGUGAAACUAUUUGUCAUCUCCUGUCUCUCAGAGGUGAAAUGGCACAGCGAGGAGUUCAGAUGGACCAGGACAAACUCCGCUGUUCGAUCUGUCUGGAUCUACUGAAGGAUCCAGUGACUAUUCCCUGUGGACACAACUACUGUAUGAACUGCAUUAAAAGUCACUGGGAUGAAGAGGAUCAGACGAAAAUUUACAGCUGUCCUCAGUGCAGACAGAUUUUUGCACCGAGGCCUGUCCUGAUGAAAAACACCAUGUUGGCAGAUUUAGUGGAGGAACUGAAAAAGACUGGACUCCAAGCUGCUCCAGCUGAUCACUGCUACGCCGGACCUGGAGAUGUGGCCUGUGAUUUCUGCACUGGGAGAAAACUGAAAGCUCUGAAGUCCUGUCUGCAGUGUCUGGUCUCUUACUGUGAGCAGCACCUCCAACCUCACUAUGAAUCUCCUGCCUUUAAACAACACAAACUGGUCGAUCCCUCCAAGAAGCUUCAGGAGAACAUAUGUUCUCUUCAUGAUGAGGUGAUGAAGAUUUUCUGUUGCACUGAUCAACAGUGUAUCUGUUAUCUCUGCUCCUUGGUUGAACACAGAGGCCACAACACAGUCUCUGCUGCAGCAGAAAGAGCUGAAAGGCAGAGAGAAGUCAUAUUGAAUCAACAAAAAAUCCAGCAGAGAAUCCAGGACAGAGAGAAAGAUGUGAAGGUGCUUCAGCAGGAGGUGAAAGCUAUCAAUCGCUCUGCUGAUAAAGCUGUGAGGGACAGUGAGAAGAUCUUUACUGAGCUGAUUCAACUCAUUGAGAAAAGAAGCUCUGAUGUGAAGCAGCAGAUCAGAUCCCAACAGAAAACUGAAGUAAGACGAGUCAAAGAGCUUCAGAAGAAGCUGCAGCAGGAGAUCACUGAGCUGAGGAGGAAAGACGAUGAGCUGGAGAAACUCUCACACACAGAGGAUCACAUCCAGUUUCUACAGAAUUAUCCCUCACUGUCUAAUCUCACUGACUCUUCAGAGCCAUCUAGCCUCAAUAUCCGACCUCUGAGGUACUUUGAGGAUGUGAAGACAGUUGUGUCAGAGGUCAGAGAUAAAUUAUGUGACAUUCUUGAUGAGCUUUGGCCCAAGAUCUCAUGGACAGUGGCUGAGGUAGAUAUUUUACUGCCACAACCAGAGCCCAAGACCAGAGCUGAAUUCUUACAAUAUUCACAACAGAUCACACUGGAUCCAAACACAGCAAACACAGAUGUGUUGUUAUCUGACGGGAACAGAAAAGCAACAGGAGGGUCACCAGCAAUUAUGUUUGUACUACUGUCGAGUUCUGACGUUUGUGGCGGUCAACUAGAAUCAGCUAGAUUCUCUCGAAGGCAGAUCCUGAGCAGUGAGACUCUGACUGGACGUUGUUACUGGGAGGUGGAGUGGAGUGGAAGAAUUUCAGUAGCAGUCACAUACAAGGACAUCAGCAGGACAGGAGAUGAGAGUGGUUUUGGGAACAAUGACAAGUCUUGGUCAUUACAUUGUUUUGAUGAUGGUUAUGAAUUCAAACAUAACAAUAUCAGAACCUCCAUCUCAGGUCCUCAGUCCUUCAGACUGGGAGUGUACCUGGACCACAGAGCAGGUAUUCUGUCCCUCUACAGCGUCUCUGAAACCAUGACUCUCCUCCACAGAGUCCAGACCACAUUCACUCAGCCUCUCUAUGCUGGACUUUGGUUUGUUGGUUUAGGCUCUACUGCAGAGCUGUGUGAGCUCAAGUAGACAAGAGUUAUAACAAAGGCAACGGAUGAUACUCUGGUUUAGUUUGUAAAAAAACACAAACUGGUCAAACCCUCUAAGAAGCUUCAGGAGAAUAUUUGUACUUAAGGCCACGAUGCAGUCUCUGGCUGCAGCAGAAAUGACUUUCAUUCACCAUUUCCAAACCAUGACUGUCCUCCACAGAGUCCAGACCACAUUCACUGAGUCACUUUAUGCUGGACAGGUGGCCUGGAAUCAUGAAAAAGGCUGUAGAUGAGAUUCUCUUUUUACUUUUAAAGUUAAUCUAGACUUUUUGUCCAAAUACUCAAAUUCUUUGGGAAAAAAAACUGCUAGUUCUGACUAUUUUAUUGUUGAAAUGGAAUCUGAAACUUAUUGUUUGGUCAAUAGACAGUAAUUUUUUUCUUUUGUGUGUUUUUACACCUGUUUAUCAUACAUAUUGUUAUUGUAAUAUUUCCUGCUGUUUCUGUUUCACUGCAUGGGCCUUAACAGAGCAGCAACACAAGUCUUUUUUAUCUUUAUCACUGAACUGUU